UUUGGACCUGCGGCGGCUCAGGCCAGGAUUGGCACCAUGGCGGAAGGCUUGCUGCAGGUGGAGAUUCCGGACUUCGGCAGCAGCGUCCUGGGCAGCCUGAACGAGCAGCGGCUGCUGGGACAGUACUGUGACGUGUCCAUCCUGGUCCAGGGUCAGGCCUUCAAAGCACACAGGGCCGUCCUGGCUGCCUCCUCGCUCUACUUCCGAGACCUGUUCAGCUCGUCCUCGUCCUCGCAGCCCGUCUAUGAGCUGCCGUCCUCGGUCACGCCGGCGUGCUUCCAGCACAUCCUGUCUUUCUGCUACACGGGGCGGCUGAGUAUGGCGGCCAGCGAGCAGCUGGUGCUGAUGUACACGGCCGGGUACCUGCAGAUCCAGAACAUCGUGGAGCGCGGCAUGGAGCUGCUGCUGCUGAAGACCUCUGCUGCCUCUUCGCCGCUGUGCUGCGACUCCCAGACGACGUCCGCGGACGAGCUGAGCGGCUUUAGCGCGCCCCUUGUUCAGCAGCACAGCACCCCGCAGCUGCAGGAGGCGGAGCCAAGCUCUGAGGAGCUGCUGCUGGCCGUCAGCAGGAUCAAACAGGAGCGCGCCGACACACCUCCCGCCGAGGAGCCAGCAGGGGGCGCAGGAGAGGAGGUCAGACUGGACAUGAACACUGAGCAUCAGGUCUCCAGGACCAGCGCUCUGUGUUACCUGGGUGCAGGUGGAAGUUUGAUCCCAGCUUUUCAGUCCUACCUGCUGACCAACGGGGGGCGCUCCAGUCCUGCAGCGUCCAGCCUCCCCGCGGACUCCCCUCCGUCCCACCACACCACCGAGGAGGAGCUGGACGAGGAAUACUACAGCAGCGCUGUCCAGCCGAGCGUGUACCAGCACAUCUACGGACACGCCUACAGUAACUGCUUUUUGGCUUUUUGUGGUCUCCAUAGAAACACUCUGGCCAAUAGCUGUGGGACGGGAAUCCGCUCGUCCACCAACGAUCCGAGCCGGAAGCCUCUGGACAACCGAGUUUUAAACACCGUCAAACUUUACUGUCAGAACUUUGCUCCGGGUUUUAAGGAGAGUGAGAUGAACGUCAUUGCAGCGGACAUGUGCACCAACGCCCGGCGGGUCCGCAAACGCUGGCUCCCCAAGAUCCAGUCCAUCCUCCCUGACGGGCUCCCUGCCACCUCCUCCCACCAAUGCAAGAGUAAGAGAGGAGGAGGAGGAGGUCAGGGUGGGGAAGCUCGAAGCAGCAGCAGCCCCCCGGAGCUGGAUUUGCGUCAGCUGAGCACCUCCAACCUGGGCCUGGAAGUCCUCCCAUAUGGGGAGCGACAGGACAGGGAGUCCACGGAGACAGGGAGAGACAGCCCGACUCCCCGCCUGCAGCUCCCAAGGUCUCAUGGAGGACGAGCAGCAGAGGAGGUGCUGAUGGGAGUGGAGGUAGAUCAAGGAGGGAGGCUGCAGACUGAGCAAGUCCCUGACCUUCCCCUCCCUGUGUCGUCCUCCUCGUCCUCCCACUCCUCCCCUCAGUCUGCGGAGUCCGCCCCUUCUCACGGGCGAUUAGCCGAAGGAGAUGAAAAGAGGGUGGAACCUCUGGAAGAUGGCCAAUAACCUUUUAGUUGCUUCUACCUACCUGACUGUAACACUCCCUAUCCACC